AUGAUGGGGGAGAAGAGUAACCGGGAGCUGUACAAUGAGUAUGUUGCCAUGGCACCCAAGCUGCUGGCCAAGAUCUCCAGGCUGCUCAUCUCGUACCGAAGCACCGGGGUCCCCAUCCCCAAGGGCAUCCGGAACAUCUUCGAGUUCUCAUGGGAGGAGCUCAUCACCCACCCCACGCUGCCGGCCACCGCCGCCAUCCUGGGCCUGGAGAUCAGCCUCGGGCCCCCACCGUCCCCGCUGCUCCUCAUGGACACCACGUCCAUGUCCACUCCCGUCCGGAAGAAGAUGCAGACCCUGCCCCCGCCCCGCAAGCUGCUGCCGGCGUCGGCCCCGGCCAAGCUGCGCACCAGCCACCACCCGGGGGCCCCGACCUCGGAACUCAGCCUGGACACCCUGCACCAGUUCCAGCGACGCUCUGUCCACCUGCUGACCGAGCUCCUCAGCCUGAAGAUGAAGGCCAUGCUGGAGUCCAUGUCUGGUUCCAACCCCGUGGACGUCACGAGGCGCUUUAUGGAGGCCAGUCAGCUGCUCCACGUCAACGCCAAGGAGAUGGCUUUCCACCGCCUGAUCAGCGUAGUCAGGAGAAGCGGCUACGAUGUCAGACAGUUGUGGAAAGAGUCCUUCACGAGUUUCUCCGUCAUGGGCGUGAACUCGCCUUACCAGCUGAUCUACGAGCCUGGUUCUGGCUGUCUUAGCUUCUCCCUCUCGACCGGAAAGGAUGCCAAGAAGAAAUCAGUCAAAUCAAAAUACUUAGAAGAAAUCACCACGUCAUCGCCUCACCGAGGACAGAACUCUCCAGACAUCAUGGAAAGCAGUGACCCCUGCCCCGAGGCCCGGGAGAAGCUGCAAGCGAUGUGUCGUCAUAUAGAAUCUGAAAGGGCCUCGUGGAAAGGGAGGAAUCUCUCCUACCCCAUGAUCUUACGCAACUACAGGGCCAAGAUGCCCACGCAGCCAAUGGUGACCCCCAAGGGCGGGGACACCCAGUCCAUGAGCUCCCAUCACCGGCCCUCUGGAGUUGCUCAGAGUCCCGCCCCCACCUCCCACCCGCCUUCUGCCCACGCCCACCAGGCUUACUUUAGCCAGAACUCUCAGGAGCAGAAGCUCUCCAAGAAGGCCCUCAAGUUCCACUACACCCUCUACGACGGGUCUUCCUUCGUGUACUAUCCCUCCGGAAACAUUGCCAUGUGUCAGAUUCCUACGUGCUGCAAAGGCAGAGCCAUCACCUGGCUCUUCAAUGACUCUCCCCAUUUAUUCCUGGCCCUGUUCACCGCGGAAGGCCAGGGCUGCGUCCACUACAACCUAGCCCACUACAACCUCAAGACCCGCUGCCCGUUCGUCCUGGUCUGGGACGAGGAAGGAGGAACCACCAAUGACCUCAAGGGCUAUGUAGUUCACAAGUGGAGCUGGACAGCCAAGACCGAGACCUUACUCUCUCUGGAGUACAAGGUGAACGAACAGAUGAAGCUGACCGUGCUGGGGCAGGAUUCCAUCAGCGUCACAUUCACCUGCUGGCAGGAAACGGUGACGCUCUCCGUCUCGGCCACCAACUGCCCCCACGGGGUGCCACAUGAGAAAAAGGUGGCCCACAGGGUGAGCAGCAUGGACGACAAGGGGUCCCGGGCCAGCCGUGCUCUGCUCAUCAAGAAGCGCUUCCAGAAGACGGUGGCCCAGUUCAUGAACUGCGUCCUGCUGUCAGCGGGACUGUUCACCAUCGAGUAUCCUGUCCAGGCCGAAGUCGUCCCCAGCCGGCGCCGGGUGAAGUCGCGGGCCCCGUCCGAGCACAGCUCCAAGCUCGGCCAGUACCACAGAGAAGUGCCUGUGGUCAGGGGGCAGCCGUCCCAGCCCAGCUUCUCCUUGGAGGAGGCCCUGAACGAAGACUUGGAGUCUGCUCCCGGGAGCCCUGUGGCCAGGAAAGCGGUGGCCCAGAGUAAAAUCCUCGUCAAGCCCAGGCCCAAGGUCGCGGAGGCACCCAGCCCCGCCCCGUGGGCAGCCUCGCCGUCCGACUGCCCGCUGCUGCUGCGUCGGCGUCUCCGCCGGGAGGACACGCGGGGCGGCUGCCGCUGCGUGGGGAAGCCGCCCCAGGUGUCCGACGUGGAGCUCGAGGCCUUCCUGGCGGCGGCCCGCGACCCCAACCAGGUGCUGGUGUUCGGCAUCUUCUCGGGCCAGAAUCGCCGCGGCACGGCCCAGCUGCACUGGCUGCUGGACACGCUGUACAGCCAACGGCAGCAGGGCCGCGGCUCGCCCUGCAUCCAGAGCUGGCGCGACCCCUUCCGUCUUCUGUGCUAUGACCUGGACGGGCCCCUGCAGGCGGACCCGCCCCUGAUGAUCCAGAAGUACUCAGUGGUGCAGGGCAUGGUCCUGAUGUUUGCUUCAGGGAAGCUUCUGUUCGGGGGCAGCACCCUGAACGGCUAUGGGGUGAGCCGCCAGAACCUGCUGAAGCAGAUCUUCCAGACCCGCCAGGACUGCAAGAUGGGCAACUUCCUGCCCGAAGACUAUAAAUUCAACAUGUUGGUCUCCAACGCCGUCCCGGAAGACCCCGAAACUGCCAAGAGGGCUCAGUCAGACGACACCCAAGGAAGCCUGUCCUCGCUGGCCCUGGAGAAGGAGUACCUAGCUGCCACUGAGAAAGUGAAACCGUCACCACCACCACCACUGCCACCGGAAGAGGAACCGAGUCCCGUCAACAAAACCGAAAAGAAGACCAGUAAGAAGUCGCCUGCCUCUCAGAAGCAGCCCCCCAAGAAGUGA